GGAUCCACUAUGAUCCAUUAGGAUCCAUCAGGAUCCACCAGGAUCCACCAGGAUCCACAGGAUCCACAGGAUCCACAGGAUCCACCAGGAUCCAGUAGGAUCCAAUAGGAUCCACCAGGAUCCACAGGAUCCACCAGGAUCCGAGGAUCCAGGAUCCGCUUUUUCCCCCUUGAUGUAAAUAAUCAUUCUGGUGUGGAUAUUUGCGUCAACCUUUCUGAUAGGGCAGUAUCCAGGCCCCACACUCACAAAUGAUUAGUCUACCGAGUAAAUAUAAUAGACAUCAAACACCAAGUUUGAUAUUGAUAUUUUGAUUUAUUUACAGAUAAUUUGUAUCUAAUACUGCAUAUUUCAUUUACUGUCUGUUCUAUAUAUUGUACCGAUAUUGUAUUGAUAGACGAACUUAUAACUUACUUCUUCACAUUAGUGUGUCAAAAUUAAAUUAUAUGAACUACCGAAUAUAUCAAUAAUUGUGAACUAUUUCAUAAUAGUAAAACCAGAGUCAUAAGCGACGGAGACAUGAGACUUGGACAGGCUGAAUCCUAUUCCAGGUCCACAUAUCGUAGGUCAGACUCAGACAUUUGUUUCUCGUUCAGUUAGAUCCAUAGAGUUAUACAUUACAUCAAAAUUCUAAUACAGACGUCGAAAUUUUCGACUACAUUCAAGUGAAGCAGACUUAGAAUUACAUUUUUCAGAAAAAAUUCUAUUUUGUAUGACUAAAUAUAGAACCCUACAUGGUCAGUGAGUUGAAGUAGUACUCGUUUGUAACAAGUGCAGAAGAAUUAUGAUGAAAACUCAAAUUACAUAAACGAAAAGCUGCCGAAAGCUUUCGUCGCCUUCAAUAGCUAAGUUCAUAAGUCUAAGAAAUAUUUUCAACAAAGUGAGCAAAAUCAAAGCGCAAGUCUUUCGGUACAAGUUGCAAAUAUUUUUCGAAUCAUACCAGCUGUAUACAGAUCAAAAUAUGGAUUGUAAACCAGAAGCAUUACUUUAUUACUUUCGAAUUGCCGAAAAAACUGCCUUUCUACUCUCCAUUCUUAAGUUCCCGUUGGAAAUCUUAUAGAGAUUAUUAAGCGUAUCCUAGACUGAAAACGUUUCACAGCCUAUAAUCAGAGUAUAUAUAUACUAUGGAAGAAAUUAAAAUCUGCGGCAAUUCUAAAUUUCCCGAAGAACCAAUCCAAAUUUUUAUUUCUUCUGUACUAUAUAUAUGUGUACAGUUAAUCAUUCAUGGAGAACUUUUAUCAAUCAUUUUUUACGAAUAUAAAAAAAGUCUUUUCAGAAGCAUCAAAAAUAACAUUGUUUUGAUUGAUUAUAUGCUCGUAGAUCUUCUCCAGCAAUAUUAAAUUAAUUCAUCUUACAAUUUGGAAAAGAAAAACAUAACACAAAGGUGUUGUUAUUGUAAAAGCUAGAAAAGCUUCGUUAAAACACUUGUACAGAAUGCUUUUUUCAACUCGAGAUCACAAAAUGAAUGAUUUUUUAUUGUGUAAUAUAUGUCAAUUUUUGUGUGAAGUGUACGAUCAGUUUUGACCGCAACUGUUUGCGCAGUUAUAUCGUUCCUAAUUAGAUAUUAUUACGCGGUAGUUUCAACUUUAUAUUGUUCUUCUUACAUAAGUAUUCAGAAAUGAAAUGUUAUUUGUAAGAAAUACCAUAGAGUAAUAAAUAUGAGGACUAUUUGGGGAAAAAAACGUUUUUUUUUUCAGUCAACGUUAGGCGCGACCGUUCAGCGAAAAGGUUGUAGGAUGGUGGUCGCCUCCGCCACUACUUUAACGGCUAACAUGACCUUUUGCGCCGCCUUCGUCGUGGUUUUUACGCGGGGUGCACGUCUCUGAUUUGCGCUCUAGCACUGUUUUUAAAUCGUAUUUCAGAAAAAUAAACUGUAAAUAUAUGUAUUCUGAUUAUAAUAGGAUGAGAUAAUUGAUAACGAUUGAGUAUUUAAUUGAUCUAAAUUAAGUUCGACACAGUAAUAUGAAGAAGUUAGAAUUUUAUCAAUCAAUAUAAUUUCAAUAUGACAUAUAUAUAAAUUUAUUUAGGAUGGUAUUUCUCAACUAGUAGGACGUCAUUUUAAUGGUACUGCUAAAAAAAAAUCAAAAACUACAUCUUAUAAAAAACAACUGAAUUUUUUUGAAAAAAUUAAUGUCUUAUGGUCAGCACCAAUAACAAAAUUUUAUACAAAUUUUGCUUGUUAUAUUGUAUUUUUAUGUUUUUUUACAUUGGCUGUUAUGUGGCCAUCAUGUGGAAAUUUACUACUUGAUUUCUUUGUUUGGUUUUGGGCAGCAUCAAUUGCUCUCGAAAAUAUACAUGUUACUUAUGAAAAAUGUUAUUCUCGAAGUAGUUUAUCUAUACGACGACCUCUAUUAGAAACUAUCGUACAAAUUAUAUUUCUGGCACUUUUUCUUGGUUUUAGAAUAAUUGGUUUAUGGCAUUUUGGAACUUGUCAAGUUGUAGCAUCAAAAGCAAUCUUAAGUAUUGGAUUAAUUUAUUAUUAUUGUCGAUUAUUAUUUAUUUUUUUACCGAUAAAUCCAAUACUUGGUCCGUUGAUGAUUCGACUUCGAUAUAUGAUUAUGGAUGAUUUUUUUACAUUUUUACAAUUAUUUAUGAUAUUUAUGAUAUCAUUUGGUGCUGCAAUAACAGCUGUACUUUAUCCACAUCAUCCACUUAAUUUAGAGUUAUUUUCAACAGCUUUUGUAUUUCGUGGUUUAAUGGCAUUAUUCGGUAGUGAUAUGGGUGAUUUAAAACAUCAACGUGCACCAUGUUCAAUAAAUGCAACAACUAAAACAGAAAGAGAAGAUGCUUGUCUAAGAUUAUCUCAUGGUCUUUCAUUUAAAUAUGACAAUACUUAUGCAUAUAAACGAUAUGGAAUAUCAUCACGAAAUUGCAAUCAAACAUCAUGGAUAGCAUGGUUUUUGCUUAUACAAUAUUUCUUUUUAGCUAAACGUUUUCUUACAUCACUUUUAACAGCGAUGUUUGGUUUAACUGGAGCAAGAGUACAAAGUCAAUCUCAGCAAAUUUGGUUAUAUAAUCGAUAUGAAAUUCUCAUGGAAUAUGCUAAACGACCACGUUUACCUCCACCUUUU